AUGACGUCAUCUGCAGGUAAGGUGCUGGUUUAUGGAGGCAAGGGAGCUUUGGGUUCCAACAUUGUCAAGUUUUUUCGCAAUAAAAAUUGGUGGGUGGCAUCAAUAGAUAUGGGUCCAAACAGUGAAGCAGAUGUUAACAUUGUGGUUACACCUUCAGAGUCAUGGCAAGAUCAAAAUAAUACUAUACAAAGUAAAGUGGCAGAAACACUCGGUCAUGACAAAGUGGAUGCAAUUUUGUGUGUAGCAGGUGGCUGGGCUGGUGGAAAUGCUUCUUCCAAAGAUUUUAUUAAAAAUACUGACCUGGUUUGGAAACAAAGUGUGUGGACAUCAGUGAUAGCAACCUCAAUAAGUAGCAAGUAUUUGAAAGAUGGGGGUUUGUUGCUUCUGACCGGUGCUCAAGGAGCUCUUACUGGUUCACCUGGUAUGAUUGGUUACGGUCUUGCAAAAUCAGCAGUUCAUCAUUUAGUGAAAAGUCUGGCAGAACCCAAGUCGGGCUUGCCAUCACAAGCAACUGUUACUGCUAUACUUCCAGCAACGUUAGAUACGCCUAUGAAUAGACAAUUCAUGCCUAAAGCCGAUUUCUCAACUUGGACUCCUUUGGAGACCGUUUCGAGCUACAUAUUUGAUUGGAUACAAGGAAAAGAUAGACCAAGUUCAGGAAGUUUGAUCAAGUUGAUUACCAAAGAUUCUAGAACAGAAUGCCUCCCAGUUUGA